AUGGCCGCCGCUCCAUCUGCCUUCCCGUCUCCCACCGACGCUCCCUUUAGCUUGAGGCACACCAUGUCCACGCACUCAACGGAGGUCGUCAGGGGUAGCCACCAGUUCAGUAUCGUCGGUUACAGUCUACAGAAGAGGACUGGUGUUGGAAAGAUUGUCAGAUCCGGCGCCUUCGAGGUCGGAGGUUAUAGUUGGACAAUCAGAUGCUACCCUGCGGGCAAUACCAAGGAAGAAGAAGGGUACUUAUCAUUGUUCCUCGAGCUGUUGAGCACUGCUGUAGACAAGGUCAGCGUGAAGUACAGCUUCGAGAUCAAUGGCCCUAUGGGAAAUUUGUUCGACCAAUCGAGCACGUGGGACGACUUUACCCGUAAUGACAAAUCAUGGGGGUUCAGGAAGUUUGUCAAGGUAGAGUCCCUUGAGUCGCAAUACUUGAUAAACGACUGCCUUACAAUACGUUGCACCGUCGAAGUUCAGAAGGAGUCGAUGACCGGAGCAACCAGACCCUAUUUCAUCACAGUGCCACCCUCCGGUAUCUGCCAGGAUCUUGCGCAGCUCCUGGACAGCAAGCAGGGGUCAGACGUGACCUUUCAGGUUGGACAGAACGACUACGACGCGCACAAAGUGGUGUUCGCGAUGCGGUCGCCGGUCUUCAGCGCCCAGUUUUUCGGCUCACUGGCGGACAAGCCCGGCGGCAGCGGCGGCGGCGGCCACCACGUUAGAAUCCACGACUUGAAACCCUCGACCUUUGAGGCCGUUCUCCAUUUCAUUUACACGGACACCUUGCCGCCUGUCGAGGACGACGACGAUGAUCUCCUGCUGAGUGAGUCUACCAACUACCGAGGUCUCAGAGAAGCUGCUGCUGGUUGUUCGAAAGAGAGCCAUAGAGAGAUGAUCUGCGAUUGGCUAGCAGCGGCGGACCGGUACGACCUGGAGAGGAUGAGGCUUCUGUGCGAGAGCGCGUUGAGCGAGACCAUCGACGUCGAGAAUGCUGCGGGCACGCUGGAGCUGGCCGACCGGCACCAUUGCCCACAGCUCAAGGCUUUCUGUGUAGACUACAUCGCGUCUCCUGGAGUCCUGAAGGCUGUGCUGGCAACCGGCGGCUACAGAGAGCUAAAGGCAAAUUCUCCCUCUGUUGUUGCCGAUGUCCUGGAGAAACUUGCAAGUACCGGUAGUUGUUAA